AUGAUGAACAUUCACGGCUUAUUAUCAACCCGCGGUGGCCUGAAUGUCACUCAGGUGCUUGGCAGGAUUCCGCCCCAUGUCUUGAAUCCAGCCUUGCAUCGUGAUGAGAUUGAUUUGUCCAUGGCGGAGAACCGGGUUAUCCGUCAUGAAAUUAUUCAGUUAGCCAAAGCGGCUAUCGAGACAAGUCUGCAUUACGAGCAUCUAGAUUGGCCCAAGGGCUUUUUCGGCGAUGCAACGUUGCUUGAUCUUCUUGCGAGUACAAUCAACACUCACUUCCGCCCCCAUUUCAAGGUAGCAUCAGACAAUAUUGCUGUGACAGCUGGGGCAGCUGCUGGUCUGGAUGCUAUCUUGUACAACAUUUGCAAUCCGGGUGACGGUGUACUUGUCCCAUGUCCGUACUGGAAUGGAUAUGAUGCACUCUUCGCUUUGCACUCUGAAGUCCGGCCUGUUGGUGUUGUGGUGCCAUCCCUCGAGGACUCUUUUGGUCCAGCACUCCUCUCGGCACUGGAAGAGUCGUACGAGAAUGCACCUUGUCCGAUCAAGGCGCUCGUACUCGCUAAUCCACACAACCCUCUCGGUCGACCAUACUGUCGAUCAAUUCUAGAACAAUGCAUGGCGUUCUGUCAACGGCGCAAUAUCCAUCUUGUUUCAGAUGAGGUGUUUGCGCUCAGCAGCUUUGCUAGCCCCGACUUUACGAAUCCCGAGUCCUUUGUCUCCUGUUUAAGCAUUGACCCUUCUGAUGCUGGAUGUGAUCCGCAACGCGUCCAUGUUGUGUGGAGCAUGAGCAAGGACCUUUCCGCGGGUGGCGCUCGACUGGGCUGCGUCGUCACCCGCAACCGGCCCCUCAGGGAUGUUGUGGGACUUGUGGCGUCCGUACAUGUAUCGGUGCUGUCCACCGUUUUUGCAAAGGAAGUGCUUGCCUCACCAAAGCUGCCAAAAUUGUUGACUCUCAGUGCUACCAAACUGGCAGAGACAUACACGACUUUGACGACCGCAUUCAAGGCCACUGGAAUUGAGUAUUUCCCGAGCUGUGCGACAGUGUUUGUCCUCGCUCGGUUGGCACCCCACGCAGCAACCUGGGAUGAGGAGAUGCUUGCCUUGCGCGCGUAUAUGCAGGCAGGUGUAGCCAUUGUGCCAGGAAGAGCAUACCAUAUGCCCGAGGAGCAGAAAGGAUGGAUGCGCGUCACCUUUGCAGUUUCCAAUGAGGAUUUGGCUGAGGGGAUCCAGAGGAUUAAGAAGGGUGUUAAACCUGAAGAUGACACGUCCGAAUUGACCUUUUGUUCCGUUUUCAUGGGCAAAAAGGCCGACGCCAAUUUCUACUUCUCAAAGGUCUCUGUUGAACAAUUCAAAGCAUCCGAAGCCAUGAUCGCACUUGGAAGUCAGGAACUAGACGAGUACUACCUAUAUUUGAAAGGCUGUGAAGACGUGACGAUUACAGAGGAUAUUGAAAACAUGCCAUGGGGCUUUCGACAGUUCACUAUCAGAGAUCACGAUGGGAAUCGAUUGACGUUCUUCAAAUUCCUGGAGGGAGGAAAUCCGGGUGAAGAAUGA